AUGUCUCUUAUUAAUUAUCAAAGUACUAUAUAUUCAAUAAAAGUACCAUUUCCCCCAUCUAUUACUGUAGAUGAAAUUGUACAACUUCAUUUAAAAAAUGGAAUUAAGAGCGUUAAUCAAACCAUGAAUGCAUUUAUGAUUUAUCGAAAAGAAUAUAAUCGUAUAGUUGCUAAAUUUAAUCUUGCACUUAAAGAAGUAUCUAAAAUUUCCAGCAUUUCUUGGCAAAAUGAGCCACAAAAUAUUAAAGAUUAUUACAAACAAUUGGCAAAAAAUGUUAAAAGACGUUUCGAAGAAAUUGUUCCUUCUCUUUACAUCACUUGCAUAAAUCAUCCGAUUCUUCCAUUUCGUCCAAUUAAUUUACCUCUUUCAUUUCGUAAUAUUGAUCAAAAAUUUCUAAAUGCUUAUCCUUCGUUCCCUAAUUCUACACUUUUAAAUAUAAAUCAAGACUCUAAUCCUUCAUUUCUUAACGCGGAUCUUUUUAAAUAUAUGACUAUGGAUGAUGACGAACUUAUUAAUUAUCUUCCUGAAGGUGUUGGAUUAACUUAUAAAGCACUUGUUCAAUCAUUACCCCCUCAAUGGCUCAAUUAUGUGGUGGUUUACAUCCCAACUCUUAAAUAUUUUGAAUAA